UGCCUUUUAGAAUAGUCAAAUUAGCAGUCAAUCUUCUCAGCUUCAUGAAUUGAGAGUUUUCCUUUGUUUAUAUAAAGCUGAAACACCGGCUCCCAAGUUUCUCAUCACCCCUACAGCCUCAGGCUUUCUUCUUUUACAAAUACGAAGAAAAACCCAAGUAUUCUUAUUGAGAUUUAGCUAGUGAUGAAGAGAGAACGAGAACAUGGAGAGAUUCAGGGUUUUGACAUUGCCAGAUGUCUAAUGCUGCUAUCUCAAGGCCUGGUAGAAACCAAGCCGAAAGACCAUUCUAUGAGCGAGGUUUUCGAGUGCAAGACUUGCCACCGUCGGUUCUCAUCGUUCCAAGCUUUGGGAGGCCACCGGGCCAGCCACAAGAGACCCAAAUUGAUGGGGGAGAAAGCAAGUGAACAAACACAGUUCUUAAGUUUAUCGACCAAGCCCAGGACUCACGAAUGCUCCAUUUGCGGCCAGGAGUUCUCCAUGGGGCAAGCUUUGGGUGGCCAUAUGAGAAGACAUAGAGCCGCCGUGAACGAAAGCAGCUUCUCCCCGUUUCCGGUCGUUUCAACCGUGCCUGUGUUGAAGAGAUCGAAUAGUACUAAGCGGAUCCCGUGCUUGGACUUGAACUUGACCCCAUUGGAGAACGAUUUGCAAGUGCUGUUUGGGACCAGGGCUCCCAAGGUUGAUCUCUGCAUCUGAUACAUAAUCCCCAUUCUUUUCCCAUAUGACUCUUGUAAUUUUUAUUUCAUUAACAACAUUUUUCUCAUUUGUUUUAUGUACAACAUCUCAAAUCUUCAAUUCUUCUUUUAUUUUUUUUUAUCUUUAUUAAUUUGUACACUUUAAUUUGUUUCUCUGGCUUCAUUAUCAGUUAAUUUGUUGUAGUUCUGAUAGAUAUUCCUAAUAAUAUUAAUUCCAUCAUCUCAAAA